UGAGGGAGCUCCAGCGACUUCGAUCGAGGCACAACCUGUUAUCCAUGUACAUGACACCGAGUCGCAGGGUGAGAUUCUGUCGAUAGAGGCACAACCUGCACUGGUUAAGAGUCGGAAGAGGAAGAGAAAGCCUCCUGUAUGGUUCGGUGACUAUACGGAGAUGAAGAGGAGACAUAGGCCAUCUUCGACUUUUGAUCCCCUGGAGCCACCGGAUGAGAAAUUGUUAACCACUUUUCGAAAGUGGUGUGUUGGACUCAUUCCGAACCACCGACUUCGGGAUUUGAGAAGUGGUGAUUACGGUCCAGGAUUCUUUUGGAUAAUGCUCACACCAAAGGAAUGGCUUACAGAUGACGUAAGUAAAGUAUUUUAUAAUAUUACUUCACUUUACAACUUUAUGUGCAAUUAAUAUAUUUUUUUGUCUAACUGACAUUUCCCUUUAUAUGCAGCAUAUAGAGGCAGCAAUGCAUAUGCUGAGGAGGCGACGCACCGACUAUCCACUGACAUUUCCUCAGAAGGGUGUCAUUCUCUCCACAUUCGUGACCAGCAUGAUCAGCAGUGCAUGGACGAGCCACAAGGGUUCGAGGAGAAACUUUGUGUGGGAGGAUUAUAUCCUGGACUACUGCAGAGGGGUUCAUAAGUCCCAAGUCUUUGAGAGAUGGAGGGGUAACGAGUUUAUUUACUUCGUUCUGAACCUUCCCGAGGCAAGGCACUGGGUCACACUUGAAGUCGACAUAGAGCUGUGGAAAAUUAAUGUCUACGACUGUGAUUCCAGCGUCUGUCAUUGGACCGCCAUGGAACCCAUCCUGAAGACUUGGGGAGAACUGCUGCCCUCGCUAAUCCUUGCAACCGGGGAAUUUCCACAUAACAACCAGAUUAUGGCGUUAACUAACAAGGACAUAGCGAUAAAAAAUGCACUCGACUCGAGCCACUCACGACUUAGUUCCGAAGUCAACAACUAG